AAUUAACGAAUAAGGUAAACUAUCAAGCUACCGCGUGCAACUUGUGAACAAUGAUCGAAGUCGUAAAGUGGCUUUGUGACGGUCUAGCCAUGGAUGCGUCCGUCUGAUGACCCGCACUAAUGUUCCGCCCAUUUUCCCUUGACAGCCAACACCGUCAAACCCUCAACAGUGCGCACGAAACAUCCACUACGUGCUGACUUUACCGUUCAGCGUCCUCGGGUUCCGCUCAGUUGAAGAUGGAAAUACGCGGAGUUUUGAUUUGCGCUGUUUUAACAUCCUUUAUGGAAGUAAAUGUGGGAAGUUUGACGAACUGCGACGAAGCGCGUAAAGUUUUCCAGCUGAAGCAGAUCGGACCCGUGAAAUAUGUACCUGAGACGCCGAGGACAGGUUCAGACCUCCAGGUUUGUAUGUCCAGGAAUGUAACAUGCUGCACUAAGAAGAUGGAGGAGCGGUACCAGGUGGCGGCGCGACGGGACAUCCAAAACCUUCUCCAGAUAUCCAGCUCUGGUCUAAAGGUUCUGAUCUCACGAAAUGUGGCGGCGUUUCAAGAAACCGUGGAGUCUCUAGUGCGUCAGGCGGAGAAUUACACUCACACCGUCCUCCUGCACACCUACCGUGACCUGUCCCAUCACGCGGCGGGUCCCGUCGGGGAGUUCUUCACGGACGUCAAUCUCUUCGCGUUGGGGUCCGAGCUCAGCUUGGAAGAAGCCUCGCAACGCUUCUUCGACGCUCUCUUUCCCUUGGUUUACGAGCGACUGGUGGAGCCCGGUCUCUCCCGUCUGACCCCCGCUUACGGCGAAUGCGUCCGCGCGGCCUGCCGGGACCUGGCGCCCUUCGCCGGUGCCCCCGGGCGCCUCGCCGCACACGUCUCCCGCGCCUCCACGCCCGGCCGGGUGUUUCUGCAAGCUCUUCAUUUGGGCGUAGAGGUCAUCAACACGACGGAUCAUAUUCAGAUCAGCCGUGAGUGCAGACGGGCGCUGCUGCGGAUGAAUUACUGCCCGCACUGUCAGGGUCUGACCGCCAGCGAGCCGUGCACGGGCUACUGUCUCAAUGUGAUGAGAGGAUGUCUCGCCAGCCUGGCCGAAGUGGAUUCUCACUGGAGAGAGUUUGUGCGCUCUCUGGAGGCUCUCGAGACUCGCACGCGCGGAGGACUGGACCUUGAGCAGGUGCUUCUGGGAGUACACGGGCUUGUCAGAGACGCUGUGGCACACGCACAGAAGAACGCACCUCGACUCUCUGCACAGGUGCACAAGGUGUGUGGUCGUCCCAGCAGACGGCAGGCGCAGGUGAGCAGCGUCCAGCAUGGGACCAGCGGCCGGAACUCUAUUCCUCUUAAAGGGCCGGUACGAAACACAGACGACACGCUCAGUCACAGAAGAAAGGAGUUUCUCAACAGUCUGCGUCUGUACCGGACGUUUUACGGUGGUCUGGCGGAUCAGCUGUGUGUCAGUGAACUGGCCUCUGCAGACGGGAUGUCCUGCUGGAGCGGUGCUGAUGUUGGCAGAAGCUACACUCUCCGAGUCGUUGGCAACGGGAUUAAAGCUCAGGCGGAAAACCCGGAAGUGAAAGUGAAGGAGGUGGAUCCGGUGAUCAGUCAAGUCAUCGAUAAACUCAAGCACAUCAAUCAACUGUUGCAGGGCCGGCCUAUCCCUAAGUUUGGCACUCUGGACCAGAUUGAGACGGGAAGUGGAGAUGGAUACAGCGGAGACUGUGAUGAUGAAGAUGGAUGCUGGGGCUCGGGCAGUGGACCAAAAGACAGAAGAACAGUCACUUUAUUGACGCCGGAAAAUUCCAACAAUCACAGAUACCAUCACCCACAAACAGACGACUUUGAUCGGCUGAAUUCUGGCACGAGCGUGGUUCAGACUCUCUCGCCGGCUCUGCUCUUGAUAUUCUCCUCCUUCACGCUGUUGUCAUGGUAACGUAAGGGGCUUUCCUGCUCCAAAGACUGCUUAUCCUCACAGAAACGUGCCAAAGUUUCUGCUGAACGAGGAGUCGCCGUCGCCAUUCAUGAGACAAAACUCGGAGGAUAUUGACGGCAUUGUGGACUUUUAACUGACAUGAAUAUGAACUGAGAAACUUUUUCAAUAACAAAGUGUUUUUAUUAUAAACGUAACAGGCUACUAAGAAGUUCAGCGAACAUUGUAUUCCUUUGAAUAAUGCGCUUUAUCAAAACAACACCUUUCAGAAUAGAAAUCUGUAUUCAUUUAAUUCAAACAGCGCACUUCAUAUCAGCGCUUUAAAUGGAAAGAUGCAAUAUAUCACUGCUUUUGAAAUCUUUGGUACUAUGUACCUAAAUGACCUCUGACUUUGGUUUUCUUUGUUUGUUUGUUUUUUAUUUUGACAUUGUUACUGUGUCUUUUUUAUCUGGAAUUGUGUAUGACGCACCUUAACACAAUUUAUAGAGAUUUACAGUGUAUUUAUUCCGGCCCACAGAGCGAGAUAUUAAACGGAUAUAUUGAGAAAGUAGAUGUGUGUGACGUGACAUGGCAAAACUCUUGGUUUUUAUGUUUAUUUUGCACAUGUAGCCGGCUGAACCAAUGCAAUAAUAAAACAUGUUCUUCUCCCACAUGUAGCUGUAAAGAUCCUGAAUCGUUUUACUGAAGAAUUUCAUCGAAAUUGUGCUGAUAUACAGUUUUGUAUUAGUUUUGUUCCUUUGGUCCUUUUUAAGAGUCUGAAAACGCCCCACAGCUUUAUCACCUGACAUGAGGGCCUGUAUUCACAAAACAUCUUAAGGCUAAAAGUAGCUCCUAACUUGCCCAUUAUUUUUAAGAGUUUCUCCUAAAUCAGUCCUAAUUUUAGGUAUUAGGUAUUACAGUAUUUCACAUAGCGUUUUUUAGCACUAAAACCAAGGGGCGAUCUUCCGGUCUCUGUCGUGACACCAACACGGAAGGGACUAGAACUGCAAUUCAUCGACUGGCCGCUAGAGGCGGGCUCCAAACCAUAGCAGAACCUCAUUGAGCCCCAUGUUAAAAUGGCCAACACAAAAAAAACAUGUUUACAGCCUAGUACAAAGCAUUAUUUUGGUCUAUAUAGGUCAUUUUACCCUUCAUGGCAACUGUGAGGAGGGUGAUUUUUUUUAUAAAUCACCCGUUUAACUUAUAUUAAGCCUUAAAAUUCUGCAAAAUAGUUACGUGGCCGGGCGCCUCAGCUCCACCCACGUCCCGCCUCUUUGCCCAUUUACGAUUAUCCGGGAGUGACACGCGAUGCCAAGAUGGCGACGACCAGCUCCGCCUACUUUAGGCUUCAUUUUUACUCUUCACAACCUACGGGUGACGUCACGGACACUACGUCCAUAUUGUAUACAGUCUUUGGCUAAAACUAGCUCCUAAAUCUGUGAAAUGUUAGGAGUAGUGAAGAGGACUGUAACACUGGCAGUCUGCCUUGAAACGUAAACAUUUUAGAAAAUUUUCAUGAACUUAAUCAUAAAGACAACUAUUAUCUGCUAACUGUUUAUGAGAUGCAGACAGGCAAAAUUCUGACAAUUAGCUGAACAUAUACUUUGUAUAUACUUUAUAUGAACAUAUAGUUUAUUUGCGGAAACAGAUAACUCCUAUUUUUAAAUAUCGUGUUUUUAUUGCGUUAUCAUGUGAAAUGUGUUAGCUGUAUUUUAUAUAAAAAACAACUGCAGUUCAAUUAAUGAAUGAAUUGUAAUGCAUAAUAAAAAACAUGAUGAACUGAUCAAAUAAAUAAAAAAGUGA